AAAUUCGUGAUGUAAUGAUAAUUUAAGUUAAAUCAUCGGAAAAAUUGGAGAGCUGCAAAAAAAAAGUUUUGCGUGAUAUACGUUUUAGUCGUUAAACCUCAUUGAGCUUGUUGCAAAUCUCACAUUUCUCUCUCCCUUCUCACUAAUGAUUGCGUCGAAGUCAACGCUACAGUAGAUUUGUUUGUUUAUGAGAGGACGACUCCUAUUUCUUUGUUUGAAAACUGUUGCUGCUUGUAGCUAAAUUGUGACUUGUACACCUAUUGCUUGAUUUUGCUUGAUUUCCGGAAAAGUCGUUGCUUUGUGAUUCAUCUUCUGGGUUCUCAGUGUUUUCCUUAUAGAGGAUGAGUAAAGCUAAUAGUGAGGAAUCUUCUAGUAGCCGUAAAUUGUUGAAGGAGGUCGAGACGAUAAGUGAAGCUCUGUAUGUGAACAAGAAUCCUCGGAGCUCAGUGGCUGGUCCUAGUAACACUUCAAAAAAGCCGUUGGGCCGUACCCACUUGGCUGAGCCGCAAAAGGAGAAGAAAUCGUUUUGGAAUUGGCCUCUCAGAGCUCUUUCUCAUGUCCGCAACCGCCGAUUCAAUUGUUGUUUCUCUGCCCAAGUCCAUUCUAUUGACGGGUUACCCCCGAUAUUCCAGGAUCUUUAUCUUACUGUUCACUGGAAACGUCGUGAUGAAUCUUUAAGCACUCGUCCUGCAAAAGUUUUAAAUGGAAGAGCUGAUUUUAAGGACAAGAUGACACAUACAUGCUCAGUUUAUGGAAGCCGAAGUGGACAACAUCACUCAGCUAAGUAUGAAGCUAAGCAUUUCUUGUUGUAUGCCUCUCUGGUUGGAUCUCCUGAGGUUGAUCUGGGAAAACAUCGGAUGGAUCUCACUAGAUUGCUUCCUCUCACACUUGAGGAGUUGCAGGAUGAGAAGAGCUCUGGUAAUUGGUCAACAACAUUUCAGUUGACUGGAAAGGCUAGUGGUGCUACUCUUAGCAUCAGUUUUGGGUACACUGUUGUUGGGGAUACUCGUACCCCUGCUUCAUCGGGUAGUGUUCAGAAUUUUCGCGGUGUUUCAAAUGCAAAACAAACUAGCAAUAACACUGGGUUGACAAGAACUACCAGUACAAAGUCUAGUUUAGGGAAUGGCAAGUCCGCAUCUCGGCGUUAUGAUCAUAGUAUUGUUAACAAAGACUCUCAUCCUCUGUCCCAGGAUGUGGAGGAAAUCAAAGAUCUUCAUGAAAUUCUUCCAGUUGCACAAUCUGACCUUGUCAGUUCUGUAAACAUUCUGUAUCAAAAACUUGAUGAGGAGAAGGUUGAUCCAGAAGCUGAGCCUCCGUUCGAAUCUGACGUUGUCACUAAACAUAUUCAACCUGUUGAGUCAGUUUCUCAUGAAAACGAAGAAGCUAAUGCACAUGAAAGCAAUGAGCCUUUCGUAAACAGGAAUGAAAUUGAUGUUCCUUUUGAGGAUAGAAAGAAAGCUGGAGAGGUUCCUACUGCUGGAAGUGAGGAAGUUGGUACAGAAAAUUUGCCUUCAGAAGAGCCUUUAGUAAACAAGAAUGAAACUGAUGUUUCUUAUGAGAUAUCAAAGAUAGCUGGCGAAGUUCCUAUUACCAGAAGUGAGGAAGUUGUUGAAAUUGGUACAGAAAAUAUAUCUCCAGGGGAGGGAAGCAAUCUUUCUCCAAAGGAAGAGGAAAGUACUGUUCCGGGGGACGAUGAAGAAGUAGUGAACGGUGAGAGAGACAUGAAAGAAAUGAUAAUGAAAGAUCUCGAAUCAGCUUUGAAAAGUGUAGAGAUGUUGGAAACAACGGCGUCAGAAGACGAGGAGGAUCAAGAAACCCAUGGAGACGCAGAAACAUGUUUUGUAACACCAAAUAAGGAAUCAGCAUUAUCAAGUUCAAGAGAUGUGGCUGAAUCUGUGGCAAGUGAGUUCUUAGACAUGCUAGGCAUUGAACACAGCCCUUUUGGUCUAAGUUCUGAGAGUGAACCUGAGUCCCCAAGGGAGCGCCUGCUAAGAGAGUUUGAAAUGGAAACUCUAGCGGCCGGUUCUUUGUUUGAUUUUAAUAUUGAAGCUGAUGAUCCGGGGAUGGAAUGUGAUGAAAACUUUUCAAAAGAGUAUGAAUCAGAUUUCGAAGAAGGUUUCGAUCUGGCAACCCUCGUUCAUGAUAUAGAAGAAGAGUACCAAUUGGAAACUCAAGCAAGAGUCAGCAACCCCAGGGCCAAAAUGUUGGAAGGCUUGGAAACGGAAUCUCUGAUGCGUGAGUGGGGAAUGAAUGAAAACACAUUUCAGAACUCUCCGCCUCACAAUGGUCGUAAUGCGUUUCAUCCAGCUGAUGUUCCAGUGAAGGAGCCAUUUGAUUUGCCUUCUCUUGGAGAUGGCCUGGGUCCAGUUGUGCAGACAAAGAAUGGAGGGUUCUUGCGUUCAAUGAAUCCCUUACUGUUCAGAAACUCAAAGGCUGGAGGCAGCUUGAUCAUGCAGGUUUCAAGUCCAGUGGUGGUGCCUGCUGAGAUGGGCUCUGGUAUCAUGGAGAUACUUCAGAGACUGGCCACUGCGGGAAUUGAGAAGCUCUCGAUGCAGGCGAAUAAAGUAAUGCCGUUGGACGAUAUAACAGGGAAAACCAUGGAAGAGGUGUUGUGGGAAACUUCACCUGCAAUUGACGGUAUUGACAGGGAUCAUAUAUCACAGCAUGAAUCUGAUGAUGCAAGUGGUUUUGUGAGGGGAGCUGAAAGACAAGCAUCAUUUGCAGCUAAGCCAAAAAAGUUUGGUUCAAGCUCUUGCAACAAUAACUUUGGGUCGGAGUAUGUAUCACUUGAAGAUCUUGCUCCUUUGGCUAUGGAUCAGAUUGAAGCACUUUCUUUGGAAGGAUUGAGAAUACAAUCAGGAAUGUCAGAUGAGGAUGCACCCUCGGAGAUCACUGCGCAAUCUAUUGGAGAGAUCUCAGCCUUCCAGGGGAAAAACGGGUGCAUUGGUCUAGAAGGAGCUGCCGGGUUACAACUUAUGGACAUAAAGGAUGGCGGAGAUGAUGAUGAUGAUGGAUUAAUGGGUCUCUCCUUGACUCUUGAUGAGUGGAUGAAGUUGGAUUCAGGUGACAUUGGCGACGAAGACGAAAUAGAUGAGCAAACGUCAAAAAUCUUGGCUGCUCAUCAUGCAAACCCACUAAAUUUUAUCCGUGAAGGAUCAAAAGGGGAGAAGCGAAAAGGAAAAAAAGGAAGGAAAUGCGGUUUACUGGGGAAUAACUUCACCGUAGCACUAAUGGUGCAACUCCGAGAUCCGCUAAGAAACUAUGAACCAGUUGGAGCUCCUAUGCUUUCUCUAAUCCAGGUUGAGAGAUUGUUUCUCCCUCCAAAGCCCAUAAUAUACAGUACACUUUCAGAGCUGAGGAAAACCGAUGAAGAGGAAGAGGCCAGUGAGGCAGUCAAAGAAGAGAAAACGAUGUUGGAGGAACAUGGAAUCCCUCAGUACAAAAUCUCAGAGGUGCAUCUAACGGGCAUGAAGAAUGAGACCGAUAAGAAGCCAUGGGGAAUCACGGCUCAGCAGCAGCAAGUGCAGGCUGGCUCAAGGUGGUUGAUGGCUAAUGGGAUGGGGAAAGGGAACAACAAGCUUCCUCUUAUGAAACCAAAAUCGGCUUCUGCAAAGCCUGGUGAUAAGCUGUGGAGUGUUUCUGGCUCUGGGUCUAAAUGGAAAGAGCUUGGGAAAAUGGGAAAGUUUAACACACACGUGCGAAACCCGAAUGUGAUCAUGCCAAAGUGAAACUGAAGAUGGGAAGAAAGAAAACAAUAACUAGUCUGUGUCUAACUUUGUGUUUUUGAUGCUAAUAUAAUGUUAUGUGGUGUGGUUAAUUGUACUUCAAUGUUGCAUCUGUUUGAUGCGUGUAGUUUAGGUUUUGCGGAUCAAACUAAUCGCUGUUUGUGGUGCAGUUAAUAGAUCAAUGAAACAAAUAACGGAAAACACAA